UAGCAGAUCAGCUCACAGAGCAACAAAUGUGGCCCACACCCAUUCAAAGAGUGAAAAAAAACACAUUGCGCAUAGGUCUCCAACUUAACACUCCUGUCAACUUAACAGCAUAACAGUUGCACAAAUUCAUCACGGAAAGGGAGUUGAAGGAAAACGUAUUGCUUGACUUGGACUUGUAUUGACUGUUCAUCAUGGAGGCACCAACAACAGCAGGUACAAUAAUGGUCAGUCACAUCAUAGAACUCUUCACACAGCCCUCCGUAGCUGGAGUUCUGACAACAACUUCUGCACAUAUAACUGACACAAUCUCAGAAGCUUCUGUGGGAGUUCUGACAACUUCUGCACAUAUGAUUGAAACAAUCUCAGACGCUUCUGUGGGAGCUCUAACAACAACUUUUCAUCAGAAGACUGAAAUUCCAGAUGCUUUUGAUGGAGCUCUAACAACAACUUUUCUACAGAAGACUGAAAUUCCAGAUGCUUUUGUUGGAGUUCUGACAACAACUUCUGCACAUAUAACUGACACAAUCUCAGAAGCUUCUGUGGGAGUUCUGACAACUUCUGCACAUAUGAUUGAAACAAUCUCAGACGCUUCUGUGGGAGUUCUGACAACAACUUCUGCACAUAUAACUGAAACAAUCUCAGACGCUUCUGUGGGAGUUCUGACAACAACUUCUGCACAUAUGACUGAAACAACCUCAGAUGCUUUUUUAGUGGGAGCCGCCAUCGUAAAACCUGUAUCCUUUGAAGUCCUUUUCGUAGGAGUCAUUAUUGUGGUGGUACUGGUGGUGGUACUGGUGCUGGUACUGUGUUACAACGGCAAGCAUAAGGGCACUUACCACACCAACGAGGCCGAGUGCGGUGAUUCUGAUUCUGUCGACACGUAUGGUGUUGCCUCUCAAAGCGAACUAGAGAUUUUGAACGAGGAAGAAUAGAAAGAAGUACACUUCAUUUGAAACAGGACUUUUUCCGAUUCUAAACCGGGGCCAGUUGUCAACUCAAGAUGCCAAAUAUUUUCUACGGAAUUGGCAAAGCCUAUGAUGGUCAUCUAAUUUCAAGGCAACAUUUAUAUGGGGCAUACGACCAUCUCAGCUCUGCAGAUUUUGCCACGAAGAGACAGAAUCGUUAGAUCACUUAUUUUCGUAUUGCCCAGAGAUACACUAUAUAUACAAAAUUAUGUGGACACCCAUUAGUGGAUUUGGCUAUUUCAGCCACAUUACAGCUUUAUUUCCUUCAUCAAUCAAUAUACAGAAGCACUUUAAUAAACAAUUAAUAUUCAUAACAUGUGACUAACUUCAAGCUUACAAUUAGUACAGUAGUUAAACCAAUAUUAGAUUGUUGAGGUUUUGAAAAUAUGUAAAAACUAGAGAAAUUUUGGUUUUCCUUCAAAAAAAAAAUGUAUACUCAAAAGAUAGUACCUUGUUUGAAUUUCUAUUAUGAGGGUGUUGAGCGAGCUUAAUGUAUAAUAAUGUAUAGUAUUGCUGAAUGUAAUAUCUGUUUUCAAAUUUUUUCUAAAUUGACGUCCAGUAGUAAUCUGAGCUUGUAAAAUGAAAUCAAGGCACAGGCAUCUUUCCUAACGCCAAACUGGAUGUUUUUAUUUUUUUUGGCCUGAAGGUACCAAUAACUGAGAAAAGGAAAUGCUACGGCAAGGACCAUAAGAACACACAAAAAUACUUUCAUGAAACUUGAGACAUUUCACCUAUGACAAUACUGGGAACAAAACAGUAAAAAAAAAUGUAAAUUCCCCUUCUUCUCAUGCAAGUCUCUGUAACUAAUAUAUUACCAUGUGAUUAAAGAGAAGCGACCUUGUUUUGCCUGAUGAAAA